AUGGAUUCAGGAGAUGCCUCUAUUCCAAGGAGGAGGACUAGACAGCAAUUCUUAAAAUACUGUGUCGAUUUUAUUGAGAAAAGGAAUAGAUCAUGUCAAAAUGGUAAUCCUACAGGGUCUUCCACUUGUUCUGUGAAUAUUAAAGAGGAUGUGAGUCGUGGGAGGAAAAGAAAAAUGUUGGAGGAAAGCACAGAUUCUGGAAGUGACAAGACAAUAAUGCGAAUAUCGGAAGAUGGAAGUAUGGUAAGAAAUAGGGACAAAGGGGAAAAAAAGGUGGAUAAUGGGAGAGGGAGCUUCAGUCCUGGAACUUGUGAGUCCAUCACGAAACAGCCUUUCAUCAAGGAAAUAUCUGAUUAUGAUGAUAACUCGGAGGAGGAGGCGAAUGAUUCUGAUGUUGUUGCAGUUGGGGAGGCUGCUGCAGGCUCUGCUGUAAAUACUGGAUCAGGAUCUUGGUCCAAUGCGGGCUCUGUCGGGUUUAGGAGUCCUGUGUUGAAUGUAGCAGAUGAGGUUGUUUCAUCUACCUCAAGCAUGUGUUGGACAGCUGAGAAACCAGAGGAGUUGGCUAUUACAAUCGCAUCUUCUGAGUCGGAAUCUGAAGCUUCAUCUUCCGAGUCAGAAUCUGAAACUUCUUCUUCUGAGUCAGAAUCUGAAGCUUCAUCUUCUGAGUCAGAAUCUGAAGCUUCAAGCGAGGAGGAUAACGAUGACCCCAAUGACAAGAAUUACCGGGUGCAUAAAUCAUCAAGUUCGAAAAAAUCUGCUUAUAGAAGACGUGAUUUUGAUAACGAGGAAUCCAAAGAUGUUGAUAAAUCAAAAGAUGAUGAUCUGAGUUGUCCAAUAGAGCAAGAGAUCAGCGAACAAGGAAAAAAGGAGUCAAAUGGUUGGGAGAUAGUACCUUAUCUUGCUGCUAAGGGUGAAAAGCACAACAGAGGCCGAGCAUAUCUUCUUCGCCCACGCGCACUCUCUAAGUCCAGAAAGAAGAAGUUAAGCCAUGGAAAAUAUAGUAGCCCAAUUCUUCUUAGUGAUGACGAGGAGUCUAAAUCCUCAUCCGAAGAGGACUGCAAGGUUGAUGACUCAAUGCAAAUUGUUGUUCGAAAGAAUGUUGUUCGAAAGGUUCGAAAGAAUGUUGCUCGAAAGGUUCGAAAGGGUCGGAAGAAGGUUCUUAAAGAUUCUGAAUUUCUGAAGUUUGUGGUUGAUUCUAUAAUAAAUGUUGAUGAUCAUGAUAAACUUACUCCUCCUGAAGAGAAGGAACAGGUUCCUGUCAGAGAAACGCUUCCAUUGGUAUUCCAGUUUGAAGACGAGGAACCUCUCCCUCCAGAAAAAGAAGAAUGGGAGAAUGGAAUUGGAGAUCUUUUUGUUGAAAUGGACAUGUGUAUCUUAGAAUCACGUAUUGGCUUUACAAAUCCAUCUGUUUCUCCGAUGCAAAUUGAAAAAGUAAGUGGCUGUCAUAUGGGGAACCACCAUCUUGUUCUAGAUGAACAAAUUGGACUCAUCUGUAAAGUUUGUUCCCAUGUGCAAUUGGAGAGCAAGUACAUUUUCCCUCCAUUUGUAAGUAUACGAGUUUUUCCUGUCAAAGCACUUCUCUUUUCAAUUAGGAAAACAAUUUACAAGAUCCGUUGUUAA